AUGGCGCAUCCAAGGCCUCCUUUACUUUUGUCCAUGUGUAGAUCGUGCAGGAACACCUACCUCACACAGUCACGACGCACCAUUUCGGACUCGAGUCCAAGCUCCUCCAGAGAGCCAGAGCGGCAGCCCAGCAGACUCUCUGAGCGCCUUGGGAUCAAGGUCAACGAGGAAACCCCAGCAAAGGAGACGGAUGCUUUGAGCCAGUUCCACGAGCUCCUGCGUGGAAGCUCAAACAGCAACGCAUCGUCGCAAACCACAAACAAUUCGAUGCGCUCCAUCUUCCAAAGAGACCUCCGGAAUGUCGCACAAUCUGCACAAGCGGAAUCCGCAGCACGACCUUCUGUCAGGAGCUCGUACACGGACGAGCCUUAUCACAUCAACGUCUACGCCCACCGACACAACACCCACAUCACAUUCACGGAACCCAACCGCAACCCGAUCUUGUCCUUCUCGUGCGGCAACCUGGGACUGCGCAACGCGCAAAAGGCAUCCUACGAUGCAAGUUUCCAGCUCGCAGCUUACACGUUUCGCAAAAUGGCAGAGAAACAGUGGAAGCUGGGAGGCAGCAAAAGUAACAAACAUAACAACAACCCGUGGUGUACGCUAUCGAGCAUAAAGAAACCCGCGUACAGUGGCUCCCCGGGUGCAGGAAUUGAAGUCAUCUUCCGAGGAUAUGGGCCAGGUAGAGAGGCCUUCCAGAAAGCACUGCUGGGAACGGAAGGCAGAAUGAUUAAGCCUCUGAUCGCGAAGGUGACGGACGGGACGAGGUUGAAGUUUGGUGGCACCAGGAGUCCCCAGGUCAGGAGAUUGGGUUGA